UGCUAUGGGCAAUGCACCCCUUUGCCAGGCUUGUCAUUCAGAGAAGGGUUUGCAAACGCAAGGGAACAUCCAGGACUUGGAUAAAACCCCUGAUUAUUAUGGAUGCAACAGUGAAGAAAGUAAAGAUCCUGAAGCCCUGUCUGACAGCAAUGCAAGCUUCCUCCGAGCUGCCAGAGCUGGCAAUCUGGACAAAGUAGUGGAAUACCUGAAGAGUGGAAUAGACAUUAACACAUGUAAUCAGAAUGGACUCAAUGCUCUGCACCUGGCAGCUAAAGAAGGCCAUGUGGGACUGGUACAAGAGUUACUGGAGAGAGGGUCGGCGGUGGAUUCCGCCACCAAGAAAGGGAAUACAGCCCUGCACAUUGCAUCCUUAGCAGGACAAGCUGAAGUUGUCAAGGUUCUGGUCAAGGAAGGAGCCAAUAUUAAUGCACAGUCUCAGAAUGGCUUUACUCCUUUAUAUAUGGCAGCUCAAGAGAACCACAUUGAAGUGGUGAAAUAUCUCCUGGAGAAUGGAGCCAACCAAAGCACAGCUACUGAGGAUGGUUUCACUCCUCUGGCUGUUGCACUGCAACAAGGACACAACCAGGCGGUGGCCAUCCUCCUGGAAAAUGACACCAAGGGGAAGGUGAGAUUACCAGCUCUGCACAUCGCCGCUCGAAAAGACGACACCAAGUCAGCAGCACUGCUGCUGCAGAACGACCACAACGCUGAUGUGCAGUCCAAGAUGAUGGUGAAUAGGACGACUGAGAGUGGCUUUACACCUUUGCACAUAGCUGCACACUAUGGAAAUGUCAACGUGGCAACACUUCUGCUAAACCGAGGAGCUGCGGUCGAUUUCACAGCGAGGAAUGGAAUCACCCCACUGCAUGUGGCUUCCAAAAGGGGAAACACAAACAUGGUGAAGCUCUUGUUGGAUCGCGGAGGGCAGAUCGAUGCCAAAACCAGGGAUGGACUCACCCCACUCCACUGUGCUGCAAGAAGUGGCCAUGACCAAGUUGUGGAGCUGCUCCUAGAACGAGGUGCCCCACUGCUUGCACGGACCAAGAAUGGACUCUCACCCCUUCACAUGGCAGCCCAGGGGGACCAUGUGGAAUGUGUCAAACACCUACUGCAGCACAAAGCUCCCGUGGAUGAUGUCACUCUGGAUUACCUGACUGCCCUCCACGUGGCUGCACACUGCGGCCACUAUCGUGUCACCAAACUCCUCCUGGACAAGAGGGCAAAUCCCAAUGCUCGUGCCCUGAAUGGUUUUACUCCACUGCACAUUGCCUGCAAGAAAAAUCGCAUCAAAGUCAUGGAACUCCUGGUGAAAUAUGGGGCUUCAAUCCAGGCUAUAACAGAGUCGGGCCUCACACCAAUACACGUGGCUGCAUUUAUGGGCCACUUGAACAUAGUCCUCCUUCUGCUGCAGAACGGAGCCUCCCCUGAUGUCACUAACAUUCGUGGAGAAACUGCAUUGCACAUGGCAGCACGUGCUGGGCAGGUGGAAGUAGUUCGCUGCCUCCUGAGGAACGGGGCCCUGGUUGAUGCCCGAGCCAGGGAAGAACAGACCCCACUGCACAUUGCUUCUCGCCUGGGGAAAACAGAGAUCGUCCAGCUCCUACUGCAGCACAUGGCCCACCCCGAUGCUGCCACAACGAAUGGCUACACCCCCCUGCACAUCUCUGCCAGAGAGGGACAAGUGGAUGUCGCCUCAGUUCUCCUAGAGGCAGGUGCCUCGCACUCCAUGUCCACCAAAAAGGGAUUCACACCUUUGCACGUGGCGGCCAAAUACGGGAGCCUGGAAGUAGCAAAACUCCUGCUGCAGCGUCGUGCCUCUCCUGAUUCAGCUGGCAAGAACGGCCUCACCCCCCUGCACGUGGCCGCGCACUACGACAACCAGAAGGUGGCGCUGCUGCUGCUGGAGAAGGGCGCCUCGCCGCACGCGACCGCCAAGAAUGGAUACACCCCUCUGCAUAUUGCUGCCAAGAAAAAUCAGAUGCAGAUUGCUACUACUCUGUUGAACUACGGGGCUGAGACCAACAUUUUGACCAAGCAAGGAGUCACCCCACUUCAUUUGGCCUCCCAAGAAGGUCACACUGACAUGGUGACCUUGCUUUUGGAGAAAGGAUCCAAUAUCCAUGUGGCAACAAAGACUGGACUGACAUCCUUGCACCUUGCUGCUCAAGAGGAUAAAGUGACUGUGGCUGAAAUACUCACAAAACAUGGUGCUAACCAGGAUGCACAGACAAAGCUUGGUUAUACACCUUUAAUUGUGGCGUGUCACUAUGGAAACAUCAAAAUGGUGAAUUUUCUUCUCAAGCAGGGAGCAAAUGUCAAUGCUAAAACAAAGAAUGGGUACACCCCUCUUCACCAAGCUGCUCAGCAAGGCCACACUCACAUCAUUAAUGUCCUUCUCCAGCAUGGAGCCAAGCCCAACGCCAUCACCACUAAUGGUAACACUGCCUUAGCCAUCGCCAGGCGGCUGGGAUACAUCUCCGUGGUGGAUACACUGAAGGUUGUAACAGAGGAGAUUACCACCACCACAACUACUGUAACAGAGAAGCACAAGCUAAAUGUACCUGAGACAAUGACUGAGGUCCUGGAUGUUUCAGAUGAAGAAGCCUUUAAACACUCUGAUGAUGAACACCUCAGUGAUGGUGAAGUGUGCAAUGGCACAGGUGCUGUUAGCAGAAGUUCGUGGAGUGAUGACACAAUGACAGGAGAUGGAGGAGAGUACCUUAGGCCAGAAGACCUCAGAGAACUGGGAGAUGACUCCUUACCCAGCAGCCAGUUCUUAGAUGGAAUGAACUACCUAAGGUACAGCUUGGAAGGAGGACGAUCUGACAGCACCAUGCCCAGCCUGCGAUCCUUCAGUUCAGACAGGUCCCACACCCUGAGCCAUGCCUCCUACCUGAGGGACAGUGCCAUGAUCGACGAGACAGUUGUCAUCCCCAGCCAGCAGGUAACAACUCUGGCCAAAGAAGCUGAAAGGAAUUCGUAUCGCUUAAGCUGGGGGCCUGAAAACUUGGACAACGUGGCUCUUUCUUCCAGCCCUAUUCAUUCGGGCUGCAUGUCUGCCAAAAAGGAGGCUGGAUCCUUGCUAACAAGAUGCUCUUCUCCAUGUCUUGAUCAUGACAACAGCAGCUUCCUGGUCAGUUUCAUGGUGGAUGCUCGUGGGGGUGCCAUGAGAGGCUGCAGACACAACGGGCUCCGGAUCAUUAUUCCCCCACGGAAGUGCACGGCUCCCACCAGAGUGACUUGCCGGCUGGUGAAACGCCACAGAUUGGCCACCAUGCCCCCCAUGGUGGAGGGUGAAGGGCUGGCCAGCCGCCUGAUUGAAGUUGGACCUUCUGGUGCUCAGUUCCUUGGGCCUGUGAUUGUGGAGAUUCCCCAUUUUGCUGCUCUGCGGGGCAAAGAGAGAGAGCUGGUGAUCCUGCGCAGUGAGAAUGGGGACAGCUGGAAGGAGCACUUCUGUGAAUACACUGAGGAUGAACUGAAUGAAAUCUUGAAUGGGAUGGAUGAAGUCCUUGACAGCCCAGAGGAGCUGGAGAAGAAGCGCAUCUGCCGCAUCAUCACCCGAGAUUUCCCUCAGUACUUUGCAGUGGUGUCCCGGAUCAAGCAGGACAGCAACCUCAUCGGGCCAGAGGGAGGUGUGCUGAGCAGCACCGUGGUGUCCCAGGUGCAGGCAGUCUUCCCAGAAGGGGCUCUAACCAAACGAAUCCGUGUUGGUCUUCAGGCUCAACCUAUGCAUACUGAACUUAUAAAGAAGAUUUUAGGCAACAAGGCUACCUUCAGUCCUAUAGUCACACUGGAGCCCAGGAGGAGGAAGUUCCAUAAACCCAUCACGAUGACAAUUCCUGUCCCCAAGGCCUCCAGUGAUGGGAUCAUGAAUGGUUAUGGAGGGGACACCCCCACUUUAAGGUUACUGUGCAGCAUAACAGGAGGAACCACCCCUGCCCAAUGGGAAGACAUCACUGGAACAACACCACUGACAUUUGUUAAUGAAUGUGUUUCCUUCACAACAAAUGUGUCUGCCAGAUUUUGGUUGAUAGACUGUCGACAGACACAAGAAUCUGUUACUUUUGCUUCCCAAGUGUACAGAGAGAUUAUCUGUGUCCCCUACAUGGCCAAAUUUGUGGUGUUUGCCAAAUCCCAUGAUCCCAUUGAAGCACGGUUAAGAUGCUUUUGCAUGACAGAUGACAAGGUGGAUAAGACUCUAGAACAACAAGAAAAUUUUGCUGAAGUUGCCAGAAGCAGGGAUGUAGAGGUACUAGAAGGAAAACCCAUCUAUGUUGACUGCUUUGGCAACUUGGUGCCACUCACAAAGAGUGGCCAACAUCAUAUAUUCAGUUUUUUUGCCUUCAAAGAAAACAGACUUCCUCUGUUUGUUAAGGUGCGAGAUACCACCCAGGAGCCCUGUGGAAGAUUAUCUUUCAUGAAGGAGCCAAAAUCUACAAGAGGCCUCGUUCACCAAGCCAUAUGUAAUUUAAACAUCACUUUGCCCAUAUACAUAAAGGAGUCAGAUUCAGAUCAAGAACCAGAAGAGGUUGAAAUGGCUUCAGAAAAAAAUCAACAGCAUGAUCGGGAAAGGACAGAGGAAAGGCUGGCACACAUUGCUGAUCACCUUGGAUUCAGCUGGACAGAGCUAGCAAGAGAACUGGAUUUCACAGAAGAGCAAAUUCACCAGAUCCGAAUUGAAAAUCCUAAUUCACUUCAAGACCAGAGCCAUGCACUCCUCAAAUACUGGCUUGAAAGGGAUGGGAAACAUGCAACAGAUACAAACCUUACCCAAUGCCUCACCAAAAUCAACCGGAUGGAUAUCGUGCACCUGAUGGAGACCAGUGGCAUCGACUCCCUGCAGGCCCACGGCACCCGCACCUACGCGGACAUCGAACAGACAAUAGGACUGGACCACAGUGAAGGGUUUUCUGUACUGCAAGAAGAACUGUACAGCUCAAGACACAAGCAAGAACAACACAGGAUAUCUAAAGACAGUGAGCCAACUGAACAGCCUCCCAUUGUCUCUGAGGAAGAUGUGUCUGUCAGUUAUUCUCCUUUUCAGGACAGUACUCCCAGGAGUGAGGCUGACGUGUCGAUGGCUGAGCUCCUGAGACAAGCACACAAGGAACAAGAAGCUGAAUUCUCAGGGAAACCCCAAGAGGUGCCAGAAAGAACAUCUGCUUCUCAGCAUGAAUAUUUUGUCACAACUUCAGGAACUGGAAAAGCAGCAAGUGAAAAAUCUGCACGUGGAAGUGCAGUAAAAGAAGAGAGAGAAAAAUCAUCCCCACAGCCCCCAUCAUCUGCUCAGAGAGGUGACUCUCCCAUCAUCCAAGAGCCCGAGGACCCCCAACUCCACCAGGCUGACUUGUCUCCAAGAAGAACCAGUCUAGUGAUAGUGGAGUCAACUGAUGAGCAGACAGAAAAGUUCGGAAGAGGCAAUGAAGAAGAAUCUUUAGAAAAGGAGCUAGAAAAGGAGUUAGGUGGGCUGGAGGCCAGCUCAGAUGAAGAUGAGAUGGUCACCACCAGGGUCAUUCGUCGCCGGGUGAUUAUCCAGGCUGAUAGUAUGCCUGAAAUGCCACCAGAAACAGUCACAGAAGAGCAAUAUACAGAUGAACAUGGCCACACAGUGGUAAAGAAGGUCACCAGAAAGAUCAUUCGGAGAUACGUUUCUCCAGAGGGCACAGAAAAAGAGGAAGUGGUGAUGCAAGGAGCACCCCAAAAUCCCAUCACUGUGGAAGAAGGAGAUGGCUAUUCCAAAGUUGUAAAAAGGGUUGUGCUGAAGAGUGAGAGUGAACAGAGAGAGGUGACCCUUUCUGAACCUGCAGCAUUGCCCAGUGCCUCCAAAUUCCAGUCAGAACCAGUGGAAGGCCGGAAGGUCAGCAAAGUGAUAAAGACCACUCUAGUGCAAGGAGAGAGGAUGGAGAAACACCUGGGGGAUUCUAGCCUAGCUACUGAUCUUCCGUCAGCCAAAGAGGACUUUGAAGAGGCUUUGAGCUAUACUGGUAACCAAGUGACAGUCCAGCUCCCCAGUUUAGUAGAGAACGAAAUCAUGAAAGAGGAUGGAUCAGUUAUUAAAAGGACAACACUAAAUAAAGCCAGCACGCAGAAGAGGACUGUGAUGAAGGAUCGGUACGGAAAACACGUUCACAUAGAAGAGCUGGAAGGCACACCAGAAGCACUACCACCAGAUGACCUCCAACAUGACCUCCAGCAGCUUCUUAGACACUUCUGCAAAGAGGACUGGAAACAGGAGGCGAAGUGAGAAGCUGCCACCCCUCAGCACCACCACAUCCCCAUCCAUCUCGUAUGCAGCAUUCAUCUCUUCUAGGUGUGGAUGUUAUUACCUACAUGAUCACUGGGAGACACUGCCAUUUCUGUUUGUGCAGAUGCAGUGAAUUAAUUUCUUACCACCACCCCCACCCCCUUCAUCCCCACCCCCCAUUUGAUUUCGGGUUUUGGGGUUCUUGGUUCUUUUUUUAACCCUGUUAAGCUAAUUUGUGACCAAAGAUAGCGUCCUUCAUUCAGGAUGAUUUAUCCACCCAAUUGUUGUCUUUGUGCUCUACUGGGAAUCUGUCAGCAUCACCACUUCUUGCUGCUCCUUUGCUUCUGCACCAGCUUCAUGAACCCACGUUUGUCAAGCCCAAACUUCAUCGACAGACCUCUUCUUCAAGUGACUGUUGUACAGGCACCAUGCACAAGGGAGCUGACGUGCAAACUGUAUAUAUAGCAAGAGUAUGGGGACUUCCAGGAAACACGCUUGCCCGUGGCUAACAGUUUGCAUCCUGGAUUUCAAGGUCUGUUGACACUGCUGAACAGCAAAUUCAUAAAACAACCUGAACACAAUCGACUGCAAAUGCAGAUGGACUGAGGAGGAAGCACUGCAGAGCUCCUGCACCUGUAAGACUUCCAGCUUAGGGAUCUGUUAUGGUUAAAGGCUCUAAGAGUCAGGCUCAAAACCUGGAAAUGCAGCUGCUCUCACAAAAGUGAAACAGCUGACUGUGGCCAUUAGCACUUCAAAAGACCUUUGGACAGCCACUUACAGAUUGCCAGAAAAAGGUAAAAAAAAAAAAAAGAAAAAAAAAGAAAAAAAAAAGGAAAAUAAUAAUAAAAAAAAAGAAUACCCAAUUAGGUACCCGACUUGCUAGCAGCUAUAUCUAUGGCACAUUUGCAUACGGUAUUAAAACCUUUUAGAUCUGGACAUGUGGCAGGGUGUAUUAAAUAAUUAUAACUCCAGUAGUUUUCCUGUUUCCAUCACUGCUUAGCAAACCACACUGUCUUAUUGGUGGUACUUCCCGCUGGCCACUGCACUGUAGAUAACUAUGGGAGAAAAGACUUACCCCACUAUACCAGGAGAAUAAUUAAUUCACCGUGUUUUCUCGAGAUUGCCUCUUAUCCGAUACAUGCAUGUGGCAUUUGAAGGUCAAAACCAACCCCUCCUCUAACCAUGCCAGCUUGUCAGCCCUCUUAGCACUGAGCGAGCAGUUUUUAUCUUCCAAUCAAGGGUUUUUUAAAGAGAAAGUGCUCACAAUCCUUGGAAGCCAGUUUCUGUUCAUAUUUUGUUAUCUAUCUAUAUAUAUAAUAUAUAUAUUUCUAAACCAACCCUCUGCAAACCAUGAUAGCAUGUCUGCACUUUUAUUUUCCAAAAAAGGGAACAUAGAGAUCUGACAUUUGGGGUGUUCUAUACCUUAAUAUUUAAUGGAGGGAGGGCAGUAGUGUUUUAGCAUAUGUAGUGGACACCUACACACACAGGCACACUAACCAAGUGUUUUUAAACAGCUCUUUGAUUUUUUUUUAAAUAGCAUUAUCAAGACCAGAGUAGAACAAAUCCUCUCCUCUAGGACAAAAACUUUUCCCCAGGCUUUUCUGGCCUUCUACAAUUACCAGGUGGUUUCUUGUUUUGUUUCUUUUUUUGACUCACUCAGUGCUCAGAACAAGGGCACAUCCUCAUUAAGGUAAUGAUGCCAAAAGCAUGACAACAUCUCCAGAUGUUCUGGCUUCCUGCAGGUGAAGCAGCCCACAGUGCCAGGCUGAUGAUAACUUUUUGUAGGCAGGAUAAAAAAAAAAAUCCAACCAAUAACACAACAAGAAAUAACCAAACAAAAGUGUUUUGGCAGCCAAACCGAAUGAGACCCAUGAGGAAACAUUUCACCAUGCACCAUGGCUUUCUUCUCAUCAGAGACAGCACAGGAUGAUCUUCAAGGAUGGGGCUCUAAAGAAAUGCAUUUCUGUUGUGUUCUUUGCGGUGCAGAUGAUGUUCUGUGUAACAACAUAAUGGUUAUUCACCUCUUAUUUUGAUUUUUUUGCUGUGUUAUCCAAGAACUUGAAUACUGUGAGAAGAAGUGAAUUUUAAGUUGACGACUCAGCAUCUUGUUCCCAUGGUGAUAACACUAAUUGAAUAUAUCUAUGAGGGCAUGUAUUAGUUAAAAAUUAAAAAAAAAAAAUACAACACUAACAAUACAUAGCUGCAAUGUGUACAAUGGCUGAUUUAACUAAAUAAAAAUGUACAAGUGUUAAAUGUA